AAUUGCAACGGGAGUUAAUCUAGUCUCUAAAGAGAUCUAAGCGGUUGCUUUAAAAGUGCAUCAAUCUGACAAUCAUCAGUUGAGUUUAUUUGCAAACUUUAGAUCGACACGUCGUCUUGACAGUCUAAAAGCAGAAACAGUGGUUUAAAAAAGGAAGUCUAAAAGUCAAAAGAAAAAUGACCAACCUUGAGACAUCAAUCAGUAUUGAUAUUUUUGAUGAUCCUGCGGAGAUGGAGCUUACUUUUUGUCAACAAAUUUCAGAACACCAGUAUCAGGAAGAGAUACGAACUGAAACAGACAAAGCAUUAGGGGAACUAUGUUUCUAUUUGGACAAGAAUCCAGAGGUUUAUGCCAGAAUCCUUCGAAAGAGAAAGCAAGAUGAAAUAGAAGAUUCUGGAAUGUUUUCUUUCCUAAAGAGCAAAAUGAUGAGCAUGCUGCAAGGAGAGCACUAUCAGGAACAACUCAUCAGUGACUCAGAAUGUUUGAAACAGGCUCAGGCUCUCAAGGCAGGAAUGUGCAAGGCAUUCCAGUACUCGGAAGAGUUAAAGGGGAAUCCCACUUCUACAAGGCACUCAGAGAGGCUAGCGUUAAAGAGGCAAGCGUGGUCUGCAGUCAAUGAAAGUUUGGAUUCCCCUCGGAAACGUAGGCGCCUCACUCCGAAAAAGAAGAAAUUUGCUGAGGGAAGUACAAAUACAACUCCACGAGUCUCAAGAAACAAGUCUCCCGAGGGUAAAGUUUUGUCGGAGCACAGCAAUGCUCAGCCUGACAUUUCAGAAAAUAAUGUGGCCAACAGCGAUUCUUCAGAUGCUCCUAACUGUGUAGCAGCUCCACCUCCACCCCCUCCACUUCCUGCACACAUGAUGGACUGUGUUGUGUCCUGUGAAAAUAUUAAGGCAAACAAUAACACCACCAAAACUUCUAUUAAUGACCUCGUCCAAGAGUUUCCCUUAAUGUCAAGGUCCAAAAGAAGAAUGUCAAAUUCUGAAUCGAUUGAAUCUCCAAACGAAGAGUUUGUGACACCUACUGAAAGUACAUCAAUACCCAGAAGAAACAGAAGACACAGAUCUAGUUCAUCAUCAACACCCAAGUCCUCUAUCAAGAAUUUUCACUCUGAGCUGUUAUCUUUUAAUCCAGUGGAAAGAUUGAAAGCGACUCCAGUUAAUAGGUCUCCAGGAUUAACUCCCUUAAGAGUUAAAGCAGACUUUUUACCUUCAGAGCCUUUACAGAAAGCUCUCCACAUUGCCAUGAAGCACAAGUUUAAAAAUGUCAAUACCCCAAGCCCAAAAAGUGAUGGCAGCUUUAAUUCUGUGUACUCUUCUCCGUAACUUGUUACUGUUUCUAUAACCCUUGACCUGUAUACUCCUUGAUACCACCUAAGCUGUGUACUCCAUCAGGACACUACUGUUUUACCCCAGAGGUUGUAGAGUAAAGCCUGACCUGUUAAUUUCUAUCAAGUGCAUCCUUUUUUAACUGUAAAUAUGUUUAGACAGCUGUCUAUAUGUUGGUUUCUUAAUUCUUUGCACAAAUAAUUGACUGAAUGUAUUGAAUGAAUUUGUAUAAAGGCACUUGUGUCAAUAUUAUUUUGUAUGUAUCAUGAUACAUUGUUAUUGUGUGUGUACAUUUUAAAUACAGUUUUUUUUACUAAUUAAGUUGUAUGUCAUGAGUUUUAGGAUGGAAGUGGGUUCAGUGAUAUGUCUUUCAUUGCCUGACCUCCAGUCUUUCUGAAAUGUUGCUCAGCAUCGUGUCACUGUCCUACUCCACUCUUUGUGUCUUGUACGUCAGGUUUGUAUAAACAUGCAUAGUCAUUGAUUCUUUGUAAGCAUUUUGAUAUUUGCCAGAGCACAUUAAAGAGUAGGUUACUUGAUGCUGGUUUUCACUUGACUGGAAUUGGUCACUAAUUGGAACUGAUAUAAUGGCUUUAAAUGUUGAUCAUUGGAGAUUAUAAAACAGAAAUAAAUGUUCCAAUAGAUUAAAUUUUUAAUUUUGUUAAUAGAUAUAUUUUAAUUUUUAAGAAAAUAAGCAAAUGAUUUAUUUAUUUUUUUAAUUGUAAAGGACAUUACCUUUUAGUUUUUGUCUACACAGUCUAUAGUAAAUCAAAGCCAGUAAUGUUCUUUUUUUUUUGUGAAGUUAUCAAAGAAUAGCUAUCAAAUUGAAAAUGUGUUUUAUUUUUAAAGAAGUUGUGAUUCACAUUCAGAUUGAAAUGAGUGCUUCAUUAAUAAACGAAAUGUUUCAUACAAUCAAUAAUACACAUUGUUACAAAUGGCAAACAAAUUUGAAAUAAAAGUUUUAAAACUA